AGGCUGUAUUGGAGGAACUCAGUGACAUGACCUCAGCCAAGAGGACCUCUCCUCAGUGUGUGGACACAGAGACCAGAACUGCAGAUGCCUCACCUGAAGGAGCUCAUUCCAGAAAAGCUUCCCCCAUUCCAGGAAAGGUUCUUAUCGGCAAAGGCCACCCAGAGAGGAAGAGGAGAGCUAGUUGUGAAAGUGGUGAUAGUGUUGUGACAAAAACUAGUGAAGGCAAGGAUGAAGAAGAUGAUGAUGACAAUGAUGAUGAUGAGAAGAUUCCGGUUGGUCAAAACAUAGAUCCCGAGCGACUGAAAGCAUUUAAUAUGUUUGUGCGCUUGUUCGUGGAUGAAAACCUGGACAGAAUGGUACCGAUAUCCAAACAGCCCAAGGAUAAGAUUCAAGCAAUCUUAGAAGCAUGUGAUAGACAAUUCCCUGAGUUUAACGAGCGAUCCAGAAAAAGGAUAAGAACCUACCUCAAAUCCUGCAGACGUCUACGUAGAUCAAAAGAACAUAAUGGAUAUGAGCCUCUUCGGCCCACCCCUCCACAUUUGACUUCUGCUGCUGCUGAAAGCCUCUUGGCCACAGCUUGCGAGAAUGAAAGUCAGAACGCCAAGCGCAUGCGCCUUGGAUUAGAGCCCCUAUCGGCUUCAGUGAUGUCCUCACACAACCUUGCUGUCACACCACAGACACCACCCAACACACAACCAGCACCCCAGCCGCAGCUUCAGCCAGCCGUGACAACAGCCCAGCCCCACAGAAUGGCCUCACCCAGGCCAGGCAACUGCUCAGUCUCCGCAGACUUCAUGCGCCAUCAGCCGCCUGCAGCCACAUUCCGACCAGCUCAAGAGUUCACCCAGUCUUUCUUCACAAACGGGCAUGGUGCAGCUUUGUUCAGGCCAGGUUUUUCUAGCUACCAACAGCCAGCCCAUUAUCAUCCCACCUUAUUGCCACAUGCUACCAUUACAGCGAAUGCCACCACAAAUGGGGAUGUGGGUCCCACUGAUCUCAGUGUAAAGAAAUCCAACAGCAAGGGCCAGUUGAGUCCCUCUGAAGUUACCGCCAUCAAACAGCUCAUUGCAGGGUAUCGAGAAUCAGCGGCCUUUCUUUAUCGUUCAGCAGAUGAACUAGAACAACUGUUAUUGCAGCAGAACUGA